AUGGUCAUCUGUAGGAUCGUGAUCUACCUCAUCAUAGAAAAUCUACCGAAAACUCUAAGGAAGCAAUCAUCCAGCUCACCAGACACAUCACCAUACUGCAGACUUUACGAAAGACAUCUUGAGCUGUACAUUGGCCACUGUGCAGAGUGGUGGGUUCUGAUUCCACUCGAACAACAGGUGAUCCGACAGCAACUUAUUUGUACUCCAUACGUCCCAGACAGGAUCGAAAGAGGACAAGAGUUUGCAGUUAAUCUUCAGUUGUGUAACGACCUACCUGGAAACGAAGCGACAACACAAGAGGAGUCGAGACAACAAUCUUACCACAGAUGUCAUCGCUCGGUCCCUUUCAAUGUUGAAACAAAGGCUGGUGACGUCACAAUCACGUGCCAUCGUGAAGGAGGAGAAAUUGAGAGCCAGAUCGUUUCUCUUAAGGACCUUCUAGCCAAGAUAAGCCAGUGUAUAUCGAUAUACGUUCCACCCAGUGAAGACGAUCUAAACUUCGCAGUGAUUACCAUAACGAUUACACAGGCUGGGAAGCUUGGGAUAUCACGAUCUAUUGCCUUUGUCAUCAGAUAUACAGAUGAACCUGUGUGCCAAUUUCCCUCCGAACAGACAGACAUCACUAGGACACUAGAAGAAGUAAAGAACAGUGACCUACAAUCGGACGUAGACGUCCUAACAAUAGCCCAGACAAUGGAUGUAAAUCAGUUCUAUGAUUUGGGCAUAGCUCUUGGUUUCACCAUAGCUGAGUUGGAUCGGGUAGAGUAUAGGAGAUUCAGAGAUAGGCAGCAAGCUACCUUUGACAUGCUACUGGCAUGGAGAGGGAGACAAGCAUCUACCCAAGCAGCGAAGAAUACUCUCAUCACAAUUAUAGAAUCAUUCAACUCAUCUUCAAAUGAUACAACCUUCCCAGAUAUUGACCCAACUGAAGAGAUUUCGGACUGCAAGCUAAUACAAUUUUCCCGUCACAUUAACAAAGAGAAAUUCUAUGAGAUUGGCAAGCAACUGGGAUUUGAUGACAUAGAGUUACAUCACAUCGAGCAUCGUUCCUUGUACAAUAGGAAGGAUGCUAAUAUCCAAAUGCUCUCGAUGUGGAAAGCAUCUCAAAUAUCAUCAGAUAAAUCGGAUGAAAAACUGAAGAUGGUCUGGGAAUCUUUAAAUGAGGCUUCAAACGUGACGGACAUGAAUGAUGAUGCGAAUAGUGAUGACGUGACUCCUCUUGACCCGGAUGUGAAUUCUGACCCAUCACCUCAAGAAACAGAAGAGGAUGAAGAUGAAGAGAAUGAAGACUGGAAGAUCAUCGAAUACUUAGAGUCAGACAAAGAUGAAACUAUUGUCGACAUCGACGGGCAUGGAGGUUCACCUAGUAAUUCAGAACUGUGUACAGUCGUUCGUCCGGUGGCGAACGUCACGUGGGCCUUAGAACUAGCCAAAGCUCUUCGUUUGGACGUUAAUGACAUCAUAGUUCUCAUUGCUCCUCGUGACCCUGCAUUAAUGGAGAGACUAGCAUGGCAACUCCUUCAUCAAUGGUCUAGACGUCUUGGAAGACAGGAAAAUGAAGAGAAGGUGUCUACGCUUCUUCAAGGAUACAACAUCGAAAAUGCCCAAACAGGUAUUGGUGAAAUCUGUGCCAAAAUUCGGACUACUCCAGACCUCAUCGACCUCUCUCAAAGGUUGGAUCUGCCAGCUUCUGAAAUUCUUCAGGUGAUGGCUUCAUCUUUGACCUUUGAACCUGCAUCGAUACGACGGGUGGUACUACAAAUGCUUCAGAGAUGGGUCAAACAAGGAGGAACGAGGCUGAGGUUGCUUGAAGUGGUCCAAGCUUUUAAUUUCAACGAUGCUGCAGUACACAUAGCCAGAGCAAUACCAAGCCACCCAGGUUUCUUGGAUCAUCUCACACAUGGCAUCAUUGAUCAUGAUGGUGGAGACCUGAAGCUAGACGAACCUGAUAUCCGGGUAUCUAUUCCAUCAGGAGCAAUCCCCAAAGGAAUGAGAUCAGUCGUUACUCUCACUAUCCUAAAAGGAAGUUUGUCAAAGUUUCCCUUGGAUCCUGGGGAGGUUCUUGUAACACCGACCAUCCGAUGUUCCUCCAACCAUGAUCUUCUAAAAUCUGCAACUAUAGCGCUUCCACACUGCAUUGAUCCAGAUCAAUACCAGGAGAAGAAGCAAGACUUGUGUGUGAAGCUAUAUAGCAAAAUAGGACCAGGAGAAUAUGGAUACAGGACUUUGUUUCCUUGCUCGACAAGAGAUUUUGAGAUCUCAGAAGACAGGGUUACCUUCUCAACACGUCAUCUUCAAUACUUCGCUUUGUCUUCAAACGACAUCCAUGGAGUUCAAUUCAUUUGUGAAGUAUCACAGCCUCUUUUCAUCAGCAACUCCUCACACCCCACUCUGCGAAUCUGCAUAGCACAUCCUUGCAACACUACAGGUGUAAGAGGACAGAAUUGCAGAUUGUCGGAAUUAUUCCAUGAAGUCACGACUGCUAUCAAAUUCAAUCUGGAAUCUGCUGAAGAUGACAUCAAGAUUUCAUGUCUAACUGGCUCAGAGAAGACCCAGGAAACUGUUAAUGCGUGUUCCCUACUAUCUGGAGGUUGUAAUACUAUCAACAUCAAUCUACCGUCCUCAACCGAUGAUAAGAUUGUUCGUGUUUCCAUUGAGCAAGGCCUGGUCACACUUGCAGAACAAGAAAUUAAUAUCCGUAAAGAAGUGGAACCUGAUUACGAAAUAAUACAAAGAAGAGGCCGAUUGAGGUUCGUUUCGAACGACGUGAUACAGGUGUUGACUGGUUUAGUCUCUGGAAUAAAGAAUGCAAGUGAGCUUGGUUACCAGCUAGGUUUCUCCCACUCGAUGGUCAGCAAGUAUCUUUCCAGAGCAGACUCUUCCGCAAGUAUUGCCUCAAAUGCAGGUCUUAAAGAGAUGCUUCAAGACUGGAGAAAGCGCGUCCGACCUAGUGAACAGGUUAAGAAACUUCAACUUGCUUUAGAGACCGUUGGGUUAAGAAAUGAAGCUGAAUUCAUAUUUCACGACACUUAGACAUGUAGAGUUGUUGUGGCUCAGUGAAUAAGAAAUUCCUUAGAAUGCUCGAUGCGCCCGAUCAGGGUAGCCGUGCUAAAGCCGGGG